AUGGCCAUUGAAAGGAAAUAUUCACUGAUUGAAAAACUUUGCUUGGCUUUAUAUUUCACCGCGACCAAAUUAAGGCACUACAUGUUGCCUUCCACGGUUCAUACAAUUGCCAAGAUUGAUCUAACAAAAUACAUGCUUACUCAGCCAAUCAUUAGAGGUCAAAUAGGAAAAUGGACGAUGGCCUUGGCUGAGUUUACCUUUCAUUACGUGCCACAAUUGGCCGUCAAGGGGCAAGCUUUGGCUGAUUUCAUGGCCGCUCACCCUUGCAUCGAAAUAGAAGACAUGGACUAUUUUUCGAUCAACACGUUGAGUCUAUUUCCGUGGCGCCUCUAUUUCAACGGAUCACAAACUUCAAACAUGGGUGGAGCUGGCAUCAUCAUAGAAUCACCCUAA